GGUCAGUCUCACCCCGGUCCUCUCUCUCUGUCUCCCUCCCUCCCUCCCUCCCUCUGCACCCUCCUCACACAUGAUCCAGCAGCAUCCAUCUCUCCGGAUGCGAUGCCCCACAGCCGUCUGGAUUCCCGCCUGGUCGCGGCUUCAGCACCAGUGAUGAUAACGCCGAGCGGAGGGAUGGUGAAGACAUGAGCGCAUCCAGCAGACACCGAUGGAGUCCUCUUUUAACGCCGUAGAGCUCCGGGAGCUGCGGGGCGGAGGAGGCCAGCGAGGUUUGUCUCCGACGCCGGCCUCAGUGCCCUGGACAGCGGCUACAGCGUGCUGCGCCGCCCGGGGCUUCGAGAACGCCUCGUACCAGCAGGACGAGGAGCACGAGCACCACCAGCAGGGGGCGACUGUGUCCGCGGCAUGUCCGCCAUCAACGUCAGGCAACAGCAAGGGGGAGCAGCAGCAUCAGGAACUCUCUCCGCGAUCGUAUGAUGAGGAGGAAGGAGGUGGAGGGCAGGAGGAAGGCCAGGACUUCGCCGAGUUCAACCCUGCUGAUGACCACUCCGCGGACUACGGUUUUAUCUUUGCCCUGGUGUUCCUGGUGAGCGGGAUCGUCCUAGUGGUCAUCGCCUACACCAUCCCCAGAGAGGCCAAGGUCGACCCAGACUCUGUGUCAGCCCGACAGAUGGAGAAGCUGGAGAUGUACUACGCCCAGCUGGGCUCCCACCUGGACAAGUGCAUCAUUGCGGGCCUUGGCCUGCUGACUCUUGGGGGGAUGUUCCUGUCUGUGCUGCUCAUGGUGUCCAUCUGCCGGGGCGAGAUGUACCGUCGCAGGGCGGCAUUUGUUCGACCCAAGAGGACUUAUGGCUCUAUCAACCUGAGGAUGAAGCAGCUGGCAACUGGAGAGGCAGUAGGAGGAGGGGAGGGUGAGGAUGGAGGUGAGGAGUUUUUGGUGGAACACGCAAAGACGAGGAAUAACACACAGCCAGGUCCAAGCAGGGACUUCAAAUCAGAACCAGGACCAAGCAGGAAUCCUCCGCCUCCUGCUGCUUCGUCCUCUUCUGCUCCUUCAGCUGCUGCACAUGGAGACAACUAGCUGUUCUUUACUUUCACUCUGCAACCUGCCUUCCUCUGAGUGAGUUGCAAAAUGGGGAUGCAAACACGAUGCAGGUCCCCCCCAUUUGUGCCAACAGGAGAAGCACAUGUUGAGCACAAGGCUCUCUGCGGGAGGGCUUUCUCCCAGCGUUUUGGGAUGAACCAGUUUAUGAGAUACUAAUUCUAACCAAUCAUAAAGGAUGUAUUACUUAACAAAAGAGGGCUCGAUCCUGUAGAAGAAGAGAGGUAAGCUUACAGUAUCUUAGUGUGGAAAAGAGCACAUUGGGAGGUGAAUGGUUGUUUAUCAAAGAUUACAGUUCCAAUAUAAAUCAUAUAUUAAUCAGUAAACAAUGCUUUUACAAUAUAAAGCACAUUGUGUUCGACAGCCCUGGAGGUCGUCGCCACUGCAGAAUUAAACACUUAAUUUAUGAAGUCAUGCACUGAUUGAUGUUCAGCAUUUAAACGUAGCCAUAUUUCAAACCCCAACUGCAAGGAAUAAUAUCUGACUUGUCAUGCUGCUGAGAAUAUCACUGUAAAUCGAUUAGACAUCACAGUCAUUUGAUGGAGAGUGUCAUUACUGGACUGUUAAAGUAAAGUACUGUGGAAAGUGUGAUGCUAGCUCUCACACAAACUGAGGCAACAUUCUUUUAAAGUAAUAUUUCACUCUAGUAAGACAUUUACACUCACCACCUGCAUCAGCAAUACGUGGAUGAUAACAGUAAAGAAGAUAAAGUAUGAAAUAAUCUUGAAACGGUGUCACCACUUCACUCACCAAUCUGCAGGAAACUAAAUAAGAGAUAAAAGGGAUGUUCAAUUUGAAACUGCGUUAGGCAAUAUGUUUGAUGGAUUAAAAUGACUCAGUGCGUGAUGUAAACAAACUGCUGAGUGUCAGCUUGAAACUCAGCAGUGUUACGCAGCUUUUAGCUCAUUAUUUUGUUUCUCUGUCUGCUCACAGACUUUACAGCUGAUCUUUACAUCUGUAAAAGGUUCUCAUUUGGUGCUACAGGAAGUGUUUUCAUUUUAA